ACAAGAGAAAGAAAGAGUCUGAGUUUUACUUCUUUAUAUAAGCAUCUUGACGAAGACUCCAAAAGUUCAUCUUCUUCGUGUUCUGCCCGGCGAUUUCAAAGAGGGAGGCGGAUUGUUAGGUACUUGUGCAACGCCAGAGAGAAGAAAAGACGCGUGGGUUGUUUCGGAUCCGUGCCGGAGAAGACGCUGCCGCCGCCCGCCGAUCUGCCGCGCGAGCUUGACCACCGAGAGGUGAUUUGGCUAUCUCCAGAAUCGUGCUGAUUUUUCAAGACGCGAAGAAGAAGAAGCCAUGAAGCAGAGAGACGGUAGCUCAGGUUCAAUCUCCAUUGGAGCAGUGAUUAAAGCUGUGCAAGCAUUACCAGACAUGGACGAGGACCUUAUAUUAGACGCCUGUGAUUUCUUCCAAAACCCACAGAAUGGCGAAAUAUUCAUGGCAUUGGAUCGCAAGCUACGUAAAAGAUGGCUCUUAAGGAAUCUACCUCGAUCUGGCCAGAUGCAGAUUAAUGUGAAAAUGCUGACUGGGAAGACACUUUGUUUUGAGAUUUUAGCGUCGAACACAAUAGACGUGGUGAAGGCUAAAAUUGAAGCGAUGGAAGGGUAUCCUCCAGAUCAGCAGCGGCUGAUUUAUGGCGGUCGUCAGCUUGAGGAUGGCAGAACUCUAGCGGAAUACAAUAUCAGGAGUGGCUCUACAUUGCAUAUGGUUACGCGUCUGUGUGGCUGUUAACUCUGUUUAUUACUUCGCUUAUUAUKCUUCAUAUGUAUGCAUCCUUGUAACCUCAAUCAGUUUAUGUUUUUAUUUUGUUAAUAUGCUGUAGAAAUGAAUGGUUAUCGAGUGUUAUUUCCUGGGUGUAAGUUAAUUUCGGUUUUCUAUUGUUAAGCUGUCUUUAAUUUUGGGGUAAAAUGAGACUUUUAUGAAUGAGUUUUAAGUA